AUAAAUCAACGUGGCCGAAUGUCUGUAUCAGUUCAGUCUGAACUAUAUUUUAAUCGAUAAUGUGAAACUUAUUUUACCGAAUUUAGUACGAAAACUAAAUAAAAAUGAAGCAGUUGAUUAUUUGCAUUUUAAGCUUUGCAGUUUUCGCUUGUGGAGCAUUUCUUGAAGAUAAUGGAAAACUAAAUGAAUUUCGUGAAAUGCAAAGUGUUUGGGAUGAUAUCAUUAAAGAAAAUUUUUUCGAUUUGGAACAAAUACUCAAUCUGUAUGAUUUUGAAGAAUCGUCAAUAUGUCCGCAAGAUUUAAGAGAGGAUUUGAAAGAAAUUACCGAAAAAGUUCAUCAUCUCAGUCUUUCGCUCGAUGGAGUUAAUACAAAUGCCAAAAAAGAAAUGACUUCCUUGCGACCAUUUCUGCGAAGCUUAUCGGAAGGUGCAAGAACAACAAGCAAUAGUGCAUACAGGCUGUUUUCAGGCUACAAAGUCUAUCGGAAUCUUAUGUUGGAAUGUUAUGACAGUUGUAAACCCAAUCUCCAGUCGAUAUCAACAGAAGUGAAUGAAUUAUUGGGUGAGUUGGUUGACGUAACGCACAAAGGCAUGGAAUUAUCAAAACCAAUUGAUGAUGCAACGAUUCAACAUACGAAAAAAAAUGUACAAAAAGUUCUCAUAAAGUUAGAACUUUUUCGAAGUUUCAUGAGCGCAUUUUUCAAAUGCACUCAAAAAGCAGUCGCUGUAUAUCAGAAAGUGCAAGAAGAAUUUAUUUCAAUUUUUGGUAAAAUCAGAUCAUCUUUGUAAUAAAAUUGAUUUCUGAUGCGGAAUAAAGAUUACGUGAUUCAUUUGAAUACCCUUACA